AUGGGUCAAUCACACAUUGGUAUCGAUUAUUCAACUAUAAACCCUUCUCAGAAAUGGCGCAUCCUUACUCACCAGAAACGAUAUGGUCUCUGGGCUUUCUGGACGUCCAUCGGCUCGAUGAUUCUGGGUUACGACUAUGUUAUUGGGGGUCAACUCGCCAGUCUUCCUGAGUUUCAGCGAAAGUUCGGUUACGAACAAGCCAACGGUGACUGGAUUAUUCCAGCUCGAUAUCUUUCAGCCUGGGCCGCUAUAGGUCCUGCUUGCGACAUUAUCGCAGCAGCUAUUGCAGCGCCGCUUCUGGAGAAGUAUGGACGAAAGCCUCAGAUUCUUUUUGCUGCUGUUGUUUCGACUGUCGGUGUUCUUCUGCAACAGCUUGCAUCGGACUGGAAAAUGGUUCUAGCAGGUCGUGGAGUCAACGGUAUCGCCAUUGGUAUCUUGUUCACCAUCUCUCCUCUAUGGAUAGGUGAGACGUGCCGACCUGAACUGCGAGGUUUCUGGCUAUGUUUCUUCAAUACCAGUAUCGUCGUUGGUCAAUUCAUGAUUGUCGCUGUCACAAGAGGCACUUCGGAGCUCACCAACCGAUGGCAAUGGGAGGCCGCUGUGUGCAGUAUGUACAUCUGGCCAUUCUUGCUGGUUGUUGUCUAUCCUUUCUUUCCCGAGUCAGCUUAUUGGCUUGUUCGUGAGGGAAAGAUUGACCAGGCUCGGAAAUCUCUUCGAAGGAUGUACGGCUCUGGCUUUGAUGAAUCCUUCUACGACAUUGAGAUCAGGCGAUUCGAGGACGACAUUCGAACAUGCGCUCAGCUCAACGAGGGCCUUAAGCCAUACAAGCUCUUUGGACUCAUUUCUCUGCCAGAAGCUGAAGCUUUCAAAAAGCAGCACCGAAAGCGAACAUUCACUGCUAUCUUCGCUGCGUCAGGUCAACAGAUGAUCGGCGCCACAUUCGUUAUUGGUUUUGCUACAUAUUUCUUCGACCUCAUCAACAUUCAGAACUUCUUCACCGCUUCGAUCAUCCUCUACGUCGUCAUGUUACUCGCCACCAUCGCAGUCUUUCCUCUCAGCGAGAUGGUCGGUCGCCGAACUCUCAUUGUACCAGGUCAAUUCAUCCUGUGCUUCUUCCUCCUUCUUAUUGGUAUCAUGGGCUGCAUCCCAAAUCAAACAAAAGCUGGCUGGGCGAUCGUGGUUUUCACCUAUCUUUGGGCCAUCAUCUACCAAAUGACCAUCGGCGCCACAGGAUUUGUCCUUGCCAGUGAAGUUGCCACUCUACGACUUCGAGCAGUUACGCAAGCACUCGUCACAAUGACUAAUGGUGUAUGGGGCCUGAUCAUGCAAUUCACUGUACCAUAUAUGAUCAACCCAGACGCCGGUCAUCUCGGCGGCAAAACGGGCUUCAUCUUCUUUGGCAUGGGUAUGAUCGCCGCUGUCGGUGGCUACUUCCUCUACCCUGAGACCAAAGGUCUUUCGUUCGAGAUUUUGGAUGAGCUUUAUGCAGCUGGAGUCAAGCCUAAACAUUUCAAGCGAGAGGGUAUGAAAUUGCAGGCGCAAGAAGUACAUUCAGUGGAGGAAAUUCAUGAGGCCACACCACAAAAGGCGGGAUAG